UCCCGCUACCUCACGGCAUGCGCUGAUGGUAUGGAGGAAGGCACCAGUCACCCCAACCCACCCGGCCAUGGGCCAGUCCCCAGCCACGGGCCCACGGCUGGUCACGGCCACGGGCCCACGGCUGGCCACGGCCACGGGCCCACGGCUGGCCACGGCCACGGAGACGUUGAGCAAAUACACAUUCAGGACGGUGGUUUGUCAGACGGAGGAGUGUGGUUGUGUUGUCUGCCGUGCUCCUGGCUUCAGCGCAACACCAGUGUACACAAGGCGUCACUCAGUGUCGCAAUGCUAUUGGUCAUGUCACUCCUGGUUGCUUCCCCAGUCUUAUUCCUCAUGUUUGUUGUGACAGGACGGUGGUUUGUCAGACGGAGGAGUGUGGUUGUGUUGUCUGCCGUGCUCCUGGCUUCAGCGCAACACCAGUGUACACAAGGCGUCACUCAGUGUCGCAAUGCUAUUGGUCAUGUCACUCCUGGUUGCUUCCCCAGUCUUAUUCCUCAUCAGCAGCGCUCCGUCUGGCCCCAGAAAUGCGCCUUGUAAGCCGGACGAGGAUGUGGGUUGUAGAGCCAAGGUAGCGACGUGUGGGAGUGCUGCGUGUCAUGACGCUGCUGCCAGUAUAGUGU